AAACGAGGCAGGCGAUCUCAAUCCAAUCUGCAUUUCUCACCGUGAAACAGUGACAUAAAUUGUAAAAAAUGGGCGAGAUCCCACGAGACUUGCAGCAAGCGCGCGUUGGUUCUGCCCUGUGUAUCCACCAAGUGCGACAGUCAUUUUAAUCUCCAUAGUCUCACAUCCAAAUCUCCGUCUCCCCUCCUGCCCUUUCGUGUUUUACAAACGAACGCGUCGCGCGGUGACUUGAGACAACCAUGCUGGCAGACAGUGCCUGCAGUCUUGAAGUGGGAUUAUAGCGAACACGACAGUUCGUGAUAAGCGCUGGUGAGAGAGAGUGAUCAGGCUUUAUACGGAGACGCGCUGUCCCGACCCGAUGCCAAUUUGAAGCCCUUCCGCUGAAAACUCAUAUCCAACGCGCAUGAACGGAUACCCGAGUUGACUAACUCCAACACUUACAGCGGGCGGCUCGGCCCAUCGCAAAUCGCAAUUGAACCUCACAACGAACGGGCAUGAACUUCACACCAGGUCCAUCGCAUUCUCCUGGCCCUUUUAUAUAACUUCGCCUGGUCUUAAGUGCUAUGCGACAGUUUGUGCAUGCGCAUGCGACCCUAUUAGCUUAGUUGUGCGAGUUGGGCGAUCAGGGCGCGCAUAACUCUUUGCCUGGAAGCACUUCAACUGCGUCGCGCUCUUAGUUACCGACUUCAUUCAUUCACCUGUUUCUUUGCGGUUGGCGGUUUAUUGGCCAUUUGGAGUCUUGGAUUUGCGAAUCAAAAGUUCUUUUUCACCUUUAAUAAUUCGAUACUGCUGCGUUGUCAGUUGGUUGUCGCGUCGUCGUUUUCUCGCCUGCGCCUCCUGCUUUUUACACGACCCCAACCUCCCCAUAUCGAGACCACGACCAAGUCACCUUCCACCCCGGACGACCACAUCUCUGGGUACACUCUCUCACAAAGUUUAACUCAAUAACUUUCUUCGAUACCAUUCCUCAGGUUUACCCACAAGGUUUACUUGACAGGCGUGGAUCGAUUCUCAACCUUCCACAUUCACAGCUACAACACCAGCAACCCUCAAGCUUCCCUAAUUGAAGGAAAGCUGGCGCGAGGAAAGGUUUACUUCAAGAAAGUAAACAAGGCAUAGGCCGCAGCCAUCUUGCCUUCCAAGCUUUCCACUCCACCACCACCACCAACAGCAUUGUCGAAACCAACUUUCCCCCGAUCUAACGACCUUUACGCGCCCAACGAAACAUCAACGUCCAUUGAUAAGUCACGCCAGCUCUCAUCAUUCUCUCAAGCCAGAUAUAGUCCAUCAAUCUCCUCUGUCAGCGCCAGGACUCUACGACGCACUCCCAACCUUGAAUCUCUCUCCCAACUACAGCGACGGACACACAUUGAAGCUGUAUCAGUUGGCAUCACUCCGAGCCCGAGCCCCAGCUUAACCUCAGAACCGAGCCCACCGCAUGUGAGGUUUGCUGAGUCUCAACCAUACCAAGUUGCACCUCAAGAGGCUGCGGGACUACCUGAAUCGCAAGAGCCAUACGCACUCCGAUCUAAGAACUUCCAAGGUCCCGACGAGAAGCUACGACCACACAGAGCAGUACGAGUCAACAAGCAUACCGCUGAAGCUAUCCUCUACACGUUAGAGGAAGCUCUGCGACAUCCAACAGACUUCACGCCUGUUUGGGAGGAGGAGAACGCUUCGAUGUCAGAUCUACCGGUGGGGGCCGCACCAGCCUACGCUGGCAACGGACGCACCAAUAAUGGAUCAAUGAGACCAAGCGUGCCACAGCCAACCGGCUCGCCUGGGGGUUUGAGAGGUCCAAAACAGAUCAUGAUAGAGCGUCAGGCCAGAGAAGAGAAGAAGCGAGCCGCUGCAGAGGCGGAGCUCCAGAGGCAACGACAAGAAGAAGAGCAAAGGGUCCUUGAGGAAAGGAGAAUAAGCGACGAGAGGAAAGCAACUGCUGCUGGUGGUGGUGGAGGAGCAAGGGGGAGUGGAGGUGGAGGAGGUCAAAGAAUAUCAGACAACUCCCAGAGAUCAAAUCGUACGUCUGGAGGUAGAGUUGUAAGUGGCGACCAAGGUAACAGGGCAGGCGAUGCAUCGUUGCAAGGUCGCGGAACUGGUGGUACCGCAUUGGGCGGCGGUGAUCCGGCUGCAGCUAGGAGGGCAGCGCGCGCAGCAGCUCAGGGUGGAGCCGCCCCUCAAGCUGGCCCAGAUCCCGCUACACAGCCUGAGCAAAGGGCACCUCUGGCUGAGCCAGCUGUGGAUCCCCUGGACGCUGUUGCUCAGGGGAAAAGAAAUACUGGAUCAACAUUUCCUCACGCGUUCGAGCGUUGGGAGACCCUAUCUGCACACUGGGAGGGACUGACAUCUUACUGGAUUCGCCGCCUCGAAGAAAAUACCAGUGAGAUCCAGCGUGAUCCGAUCUCAUCUCAGCUUUCGCGUCAAGUCACCGACCUAUCUGCAGCAGGCGCCAACCUUUUCCACGCUGUUGUGGAGCUUCAACGUCUUCGAGCUUCCUCGGAACGCAAAUUUCAGAGAUGGUUCUUCGAUACCAGAGCCGAACAGGAGAAGAUGGCUGAGAGGCAGGGAAUGCUCGAUACCCUCCUCCAAUCUGAGAGACAGGGAAGGGCAGCUGCAAUCCAAGCUGCGGUGCAAAAAGAAUCUGAGAAAAACAACUCGGAAAAACUAAUCAACGAAUUAAAGAGAGAAUUGCAAAUCUCAAAGGAAGAGGCUCGACGUGCUUGGGAAGAACUUGGACGUCGUGAGCAAGAGGAGCGUGAGAGAACCGCCUCUUUACGCGAUGGCCAGCCCACACUUGUGGGUGGUGUGCAAGUCGUCCCCAUGAUGCAGGGAGCCCCUAGCAGGCACACCAGCAAUGCUCAGAGAGAUAGACCGGCGACUCGUGAAGGUCCAUACCCUGGCGGACCAACCGCAGCAAGCAUGGGAGGCCAGCAAGACCCUGAGGAUCUCUACAACCAGGGCGGACGCGCCCGCCAGACCGACCCAUUUGUUGAGUCAAGGUCCGCCGCGCCCGCCACAAGUGGCGGAGCUGCAUCAUCCCGUCAACAAACCUCAAGUUCCGCUUCCGGAACAACAUCCCGCCAACACCCCCCUAGCUCGACCUCAACCCCGCCAGAUGCACAUGCUCCAGCCACACAGCAAACAUCAGGGGGCUUCUACCAGCAACAGCAAGGCGCAACUCUCCACCCAGGUGAUGUUGGUUCAGACUUGGGAACUCUCAGCGAGGAAGAGUAUGAAAUCGACCCCCAAGGCCAGUUCAGACGCGAUGCGCGCGGAAACAAGAUCCCCUACCAGCGACCGCUUUCGGAGGCCGAAUCUGACGACGAGCGUAUGGUUGAGGCCAGAGCUAGAGAGCACGCCCAUUUGCAGCAGUACGGUGUGAUCCCAACAACCAGCGGAGAUUACCCUCCCCGCACCAGCGCAGCUGCAGCCUUGGAGCCCGUCGAUUAUUCUGGCCAGGCGUAUGGCAGCGGAAGCGGGUGGGAUAGACACCAGCACCCUACCCGUCUAAGCGACGUUUUGGAGGAGGACGAGCGAAGCAGGACGAGCGCGAGCCAGGUCAGUCGCAGCAGGGAUUAAUCGGCGAGUAUUCGGCGCAAGUAUGGGAGCAAUUGGCCGCGGUAUCUGGACAGCUCUUCGAGAAUUUGGUUUCAAUUUGGAAUCGAUCUGAACUUGCGCCACUUUACCGGGUCUUUGUCCGACCCAGCUGGAUCUUCGGCGUCACCACACAUUUUCUGGGUGAGGCAUGCGACACAGCGACUUGUUUGACAAUGUAACGACUUAUGCUUCCUCUGGCAUACCUUCGGCGUUUAUCGUGCUGCUAAUAGCUCCGGCCCUUGCAACGUCAGAAAUAAUUACUGGCGCUUUUGUGGGAUUAGGAGGUGGCAUUUCUGUCGGCCAACUCCCUUACCUACACUUUGGUCACAAGAUACCAUCUCGGAGGAGGAUGCAGACACAAAUGGAUCAUAUUUUUUCUUUUCUUUAAUCGUUCGAGCAUUUUCGUGGAGCAAGCAGGUGGUAUUCGACCAGGAAACUGCUUUGGGCGAAUUAUAUCUGAGAGCGUGGAGUGAGCGAGAUUGGCGUUUUCUUUUGCAGACUUGGGGGCGUAAUACCUGUAAUUAUAUCUGCUCUCCCAAUAGACUCAAG